AUGAGCGAUUUACAACGGUCUUUUGUUAAGCCCAAGCUACCAAAGUUUGCUCCUCCAGAGUUCAACGAGGCUGAGGAGGAGGAAGAAGAUAUUGAUGUUCCUGGUGAACUUCCAGAUCUGCCAAUAGACGAUGACUCUUCCUCGGCAUCUUCAGCUUCAUCUACUGGUACUAUUAUACCAUCCUCGAAUCAGAAAUUGUUUGCUCGACCGCAAGGUGUUCCCAACAGACGAACAAUGGAACAAAUACCGUGGACGACGUAUUUCGAGCGAGAAUUGUUUCUCGAACAUAGAGUGGAGGCCGAGACCAUCAUACACCAUACUUAUCUUACAUCUCCUGUUGGAUCUGCACCUUUAUUUGUUACACAUCACGGAGCAGGAUCAUCUGGUCUCUCUUUUGCUGUUUUGACUGCAGAGAUUCGAAAAAAGCUACCUUCUGCCGGUGUACUUUCUCUUGAUGCUCGAGGCCAUGGAUCUACAAAUAUUUCCCCAGAGGCAGAACUUUUAGAUCUUAGUCUAGAAACAUUAAGUUCCGACUUGUUAUAUGUCAUUGAAACUACAAAAGAUAAGAUGAGUUGGAAAGAACUUCCGCCUCUUGUACUCAUUGGCCAUUCUCUUGGCGGUGCAGUUGUUACAGAUGUUGCAAAGAGCGGGAAACUAGGCAACUCAGUCCUUGGCUACGCAGUUCUUGAUGUAGUUGAGGGUUCUGCCAUGGAUGCCUUACAGAGCAUGCAAACUUACUUAUCAACCCGACCACUAGGUUUUCCUUCUUUGCAAUCCGGCAUUGAAUGGCACAUGAGGUCAAGAACAAUACGAAACUCAUUUUCGGCGCGGACAAGUGUACCUGCUUUACUGAAACAUGAUGAAGAAGCCAGCGGAUCACGAUCGUGGACGUGGCGCACAAACCUGGCGGCCACUCAACCAUUUUGGGAAGAUUGGUUUGUUGGACUUAGCAAAAAGUUCCUCGAGGCCAGAGGUGGAAAGCUAUUGCUGCUUGCGGGGACGGACAGACUUGAUAAAGAGUUGAUGAUCGGACAAAUGCAAGGGAAGUAUGCACUGCAAGUUUUCCCUGACGCCGGACAUUUCAUUCACGAAGACCUUCCUGAGAAGACAGCCAUGGUCUUAGUAGACUUCUAUUCAAGAAACGACCGGAGUGCAUUGGUACUACCACCGAAAGUAUCAGAUCUCCUUAGGGCUGCGAUAGAAAUACGGUCAAUUGACAAACCAACACCGGAUAGUACAGUCAGUAGUGUUGAUGUGUUGAUAAGGUUUGUGGAUAUUGGGUCUUCUGAUCUUCUGAGUGAUCUGUCUGUGGGAUUGAUGGGGAAAUUGCGGCUGAGAAAAUGCGGAAUUCUAGAUCUAAACUACCUAAGUGGUCUUUCUUCUAAUCUCAUCAAUCAACGCAACAUCAACAUCAACAUCAACACCAUUAUUUCCAAUCUCGACAAGAUGCGCUUCUCAAACCCUCUUCUCGUCGCUGGGCUCAUUGCCUUUGCCUCAGCAUCUCCAGCUCCAGCCCCAGAGCCAACAACACCAACCGCAUCUCAAAGUCAAGCUCUAGUUGACGACCUUCAAUCAUACUUUUCCGUCCUCGCCACCCAAUCUGCUAUGCUUGCCUUAGUUUCUGAUCUUGCCACCAACACAGCCGCUCUCAACACCCUCGAAGCUUUACAAGCGUCCCUUCAAGCCGACAUAUUGAACGGUCAAACUCCAAAUACAGCCGUCCUCACUGCCUUGCCCUCCCCCAUCGCAAGCGUUAUUGGAUCCGUCUACACAGCUGAACUGAGCAUCCUCAGCAAAGAUGGGUUUGGCGAUUUGGUUGCAAGCGUCACUUCUGAAGCGGCAAGUGCGGCAAGUGCGUCAGGUACAGGUACAGGUGCGGCCGAGACGGCACCUGCAACUGCAACGGCAACUCAGAAGACUUCAACGACUGGAAGUGGAAGUGGAACUGCAACUGCAACAACGGGAACGCCAAGCGCAAGUCCGACUGCUGCCCCUGUGAAAGCAGAGGGUGCGGCUGGUGCUUUGGGUGUUGAUAUGUUGAGAAUUUGUGGAGGUUUGGCAGUUGGUAUUGUGGGUGUCGUGAUGGCUUUGUAG